AUAAGUCCAAAGAGGAUACUACCGUAAUUUCAUUCGAAAUUGCUGCGGGGACCUGCUAUGACUUAAAGCUGAAGGCAUCUGUUCAUCUUCAUUUUCAUCUUCUCUCGUGUCGGACUUUACUAGAAAAUGGACGGUGCAGAUUUCAGCAGCCUGGAUGAAGGCUGUAUUACUCAUAUUCUCUCCCUCACUUCUCCUCUAGAUGUUUGUAGAACGUCUUCGGUCUCUUCUGCCUUCCAAUCAGCAGCGGAAUCAGACUCUAUCUGGGAGAGAUUUCUGCCGUCUGAUUACUCGGAUAUACUGUCCAGAUCGGUGUCUCCCUUGCACUUCUCAUCCAAGAAAGAUCUCUAUUUCCGUCUCUGCCAACCGCUUCUGAUCGAUGAUGGCAAAAAGAGUUUUUGGUUGGAAAAAUCAAGUGGUAAGAAAUGUUAUAUGGUGUCUGCUAGAGAUCUAUCGAUAUCGUGGGGAGAUGAUGGUCGGUAUUGGCGAUGGCUCACUGCUUCUACAAGGUCUCACCUUCAAACCUAUCUUGGGCUUAAUCUUAGGCUAAUUUACUUGCCUAAUCAUGCCAGUGUCUUCUCAGAAGUAGCUGAGUUGAUCUCGGUCUGGUGGUUUGAUCUCCGUGGCACCAUUGACAUGGCCCAUCUCUCACCAGACACCAAUUACACUGUUAGAUUCAUCGUAAGACACACGUCUGACCACGCUGGAUGGCAAAACAUGCCAGUCAAGCUAUCUUUGCAUGUGAAGAGCAAUCCAUACAUGCACAUACGCGAUGUAUUGAUGUCGCCCGAUCAGGCGGAGAGUGUCCUGCAACCAAGUGCAGAGAACAAUGGAUGGAUGGAGGUGGAAGUGGGAGAAUUCUUGUGUGAUAGAGAUGGAGGAGAAGUUGAAUUUAGGAUGUAUGAGUUGUAUAGUUAUAAGGAAGGGAUUCUUGUUAUGGGAGUUGAAAUAAGGCCAUCCAAGAUGCAUUGUGUGGAAAGGAUACAAGGCAUUUUGGGAAGCGAACAAAUUGCUGCAGUGUAGAACGCCCACCAAGCAUUGGAUAUGAUGGUGAAGAAAGUGCUGAUUUCUCCACUGGAUAUAUGAUAGUGAAGAAAUUGCUUAUUUCCCCGUAGCUUGAGAAGGUUUUCUGUUAUUUUGUUAGAUAGUUGAUGUAGGGUUUCGAUACAUCUAUCUUUUGUUGCAGUGAUUAUACAAUGAAACAAUGUUUUAUUAUUGACGUGGAUUUUUUAAUAUGUAUGAUAUGCUUUUAUUGCUAUGUUUCUCAAA